AUGGCUCCCAUCACUCCGUUCAACGCGACGGAAAUUACAGAGAAGGCGCGGCGAGACCUGCUUCUUCUGCUCGAGGGUAUCAGGGGCAAGAAGAACCUCGUGCUCGAAAAGGCGCUCGCGGGGCCGCUGAAUCUGCUUGUCAAGUUCUCUACCCUCCAGGAAUAUGGUGUCGACAAGCCUUUCUUUCUCGAGAAUGAUAAUGUCGACGCCUCGCAGCGGAAUAUCGUGUUUCUGGCCAGGGGGGAGAAGGCCAAGACGGUCAUGGCUGUCGCUGAUCAAAUUAAACGCAUACGACGAGACAGUCAGAUCGAGCAUGAGUUUUCCAUCUUCUGGGUGCCGCGACGCACAAUCGUCUCCGACCAGCUGCUGGAAGGCGCGGGCGUGCUCGGUGAGGCCAGUGUGAGCGAGUGGCCGCUGUUCUUCGUGCCGCUCGCAGAUGAUGUCCUGUCAUUGGAGCUGGAUGAUACUGUGGCAGAUCUGUAUCUCCGAAAAGACCCAACAUCCAUCUACCUUGCAGCGAAAGCGCUCAUGCUUCAACAACAAAAACAUGGCCUUUUUCCACGUAUCAUUGGCAAAGGCGACAACGGGAAACGUCUCGCUGAUCUUCUCAUCCGCAUGCGCACCGAGGUCACAGCAGGCGAAUCUCCCUCUAGCACAGGCCCUUCUUUCCUCGGCCUGACCCCGAGCUCAACAAUCGACAGCCUCAUCAUCAUCGACCGUGAAGUUGACUUCCCAACUGUCCUCCUCACCCAGUUGACGUAUGAGGGUCUAAUCGACGAAGUCUUCAACAUUUCCGCCAACCAAACCGAAAUCGACUCUUCCAUAGUUGGCGGCGCAGCUCCGCAGCCUGGGCAGACGGGAUCAGCAUCGACAAGCAUGAAGCGCAAAAUCCUGAUAGACAGCAAAGACUCCCUCUACGCGACCCUCGGCGACGCAAACUUCGCCAUAGUAGGAAACCUCCUCAACAAAGCCGCACGCCGCCUCCAAAGCACCACAGAGCGCAACUCGCUCGCGCAAAAGUCUACCUCUGAGCUCCGCGACUUCGUAGCAAAACUCCCCGGCUACCAAGCCGAGCAAGCAAGCCUAAAACUCCACACAUCCCUCGCCGAAGAAAUCAUAAAAUACACCCGCUCAGACAUCUUCACCCGCACGCUCGAAGUCCAGCAGAACAUCAUGUCGGGCGCAGACCCCACCACCCAGCACGACACCAUAACCGAGCUGAUAAACCGCGACGUGCCCCUCCCCACCAUCCUGCGCCUCCUGUGUCUCGAAAGCACAACAAACGCCGGCAUCCGCCCCAAAGACCUCGAGUCCUUCAAAAAGAGCAUCCUCCAAGCCUACGGGCCCCAACACAUGCUCACGCUCUCGGCGCUCGAAAAAACCGGCCUCCUCGCCCCCCGCGGCGGCCUGGCCCUAAACUCCACCGUAAAACCCGGCAGCGUAUCAAACUACACCCCCCUGCGCAAAGCCCUGCGCCUCUGGGACGACGACGUCAACGAGUCCGCACCAAACGACAUCUCCUACACUUUCUCCGGCUACGCGCCCCUCUCCGUCAGACUCGUCCAGUCCAUCGUGCAGAAACAGUCCCUCGCCAAUAUCGUAAAGCCGCCGCUGAACCCACAGGCUAAUCCUCUCGCGCAGGGCCUGCGCAUCUUCGACGACGCGACGAAAUACGUCCGUGGCGCCACGUUCGAUGAGGUGCAGACGGGCGAUCAGAAGGCGCUCAAGGCUCGCAAUAUGCUUAAUGGAAGUCAUGCGGAUGCGAAUAAGACGGUGGUGGUGUUCUUCUUGGGCGGCGUCACGAGGGCGGAGAUUGCGGCGCUCAGGUUUGUGGGGGGUAAGCUUAAGGAGGUUGGGGGGGAGGGGAGGGGGAGCCGUAUCGUGGUUUGUACGACGGGGAUUGUUAAGGGAGAGGGGUUGGUGGGGAGUGCGAUUGAGACGGCGAAGUUUACGGGUGCGGCGUCUGUGUGA